AGAUCAACUGCGAGCAUCUUCCGACGAGCCAGACAUCAGGGCGCGCGGUCACACUCGGACGCUAUCUGGACUGUUCUGCUGCUUGUUUUAGUUUUUCUGCAAAAAAUAAAAAAUAAACACUGGACCAGCAUCAUGAAGGAAAGGAGAAAUACACAGCCGCUGGUGGUGAGAUGUAAACUGGUUCUUGUGGGAGACGUUCAAUGCGGAAAAACGGCGAUGUUGCAAGUCCUGGCGAAGGAUUGUUAUCCAGAGACCUACGUGCCGACGGUAUUUGAAAACUACACAGCCUGUCUGGAGCUGGAGGAGCAGCGAGUGGAGCUCAGUCUGUGGGACACUUCAGGUUCUCCAUACUAUGAUAAUGUGAGGCCCCUGUGCUACAGUGACUCUGAUGCAGUUUUGCUGUGUUUUGACAUCAGCCGCCCAGACACUGUCGACAGCAGUCUGAAGAAGUGGAAAACUGAGAUCCUGGACUUCUGUCCGAGCACGCGUAUCUUGCUCAUCGGAUGUAAGAUCGACCUGCGCACAGAUGUCUGCACACUGAUGGAGCUGUCCAAUCAGAAACAGACACCCAUCACCUAUGAGCAGGGUUCUGCCAUGGCCAAGCAGCUGGGUGCAGAGGCUUACCUGGAGUGCUCAGCUUUCACCUCUGAGAAAAGCAUUCACAGUGUGUUCCGCACCGCAGCAAUGGCCUGCAUCAACAAGCUGCAGCCUCUCCCGAAGUCUAGCCCCACCCGCCGCCUCUCCAAAAGACUUCUCCACCUGCCUAGCAAGUCGGAUUUGCUCUCCUCCACCUUCAAGAAGGAGAAGGCCAAGAGCUGCUCGGUCAUGUGAGUGGAGACCUCUUGGGUUACAGUCAUCACAUGCGACCCCAAGCCCCUGCCUCUUUGGUCUCGGGGGAGGGGGGGUGGGCACGAUGGUUUUAUCAGGGCUUCCUGCUGAAUCCUUCCCUCACCCCCCCAGAAACCAAACGCCCCUCAGAAGAGGUGGACACCUCGCUGCCCACUUGCUCCUGAACCUUUUAGCGCACAUCUUUUUCCACUACUGUUUAUCUUGCUUUCGAACAAACAAUAUCAGUCAAGGUUUUAUCAUCGAGCUAUCAUUUCUUCACCUGUAAACAGUAUGCAACUAGAACGGUGUUACAUCUGUAUGAUUUUACUAUCUCUAGGCACAUGUUGAUUUUGUCCAAAUUGGAAAUGUGCAACGUGUGACGUUUAAUCUUGUGAUGUAAAUGCCUCUCAGACAAUUCAAUGGAUAUUUUUCUAAGUACAAAAAUAUAUCUAGCAUGAAACUGUCAGGAAUUAGCAAAAUCCUGUACAUCCCUCUUAGUAAGGUGUGUGAGCUGUGAAAUAGCUUCUCACUGGUAUCCCCAUUUAGGCCUGUGAAAGCACAGAGUUGUAGAGGGAGUAGUGGGACAAACCACAGUGAGAGCUAUUACAUAGAGAGCGGUUCUCGUGGUCUCAGUGGUGAUAAGAGCAGGCAUAAGAGCUCUGAGCACAGGCUGCCGUGCAGACAGCAGUCUAGACUAUUUCAACCUGCAUGGAUUCUUAGUGCAUGGUUGUGUAGCUCUGGACAGCACUGCUCCGCAGGCUUUCAGUGGACUAAGUGGAGGUGGCUGAAAACGCUGUGGUACAAAAUGAAAUGAGGACACACAAAAAUAAAUGGAAGUUUAGUCUUUAGUUCUUCUGGUGUCUCUGCUGUCACAGCUGGAGUCUAUUUUAAAAUACUAUAUUGUGUUGGGACAGACACAUUUUAAUAGAUGACAAAAGACGCAUUCGUUGUGACCAGGAGCAUAAACACAAAUAGUUCAAUGCUGAGCUGUCGAGUGUUAUUUAUGAAGCUGUGGCUGGUUUUUGAUGCCAGUCAAAGUGUUAGGAGGUAUAUUUAAAAGCAUAGGAUCACGUCUACCUAAGUCAGGCUGACUGCGAUUUGGAAAAUGUGGUUUGUAGAUUAGAGAAGAUUUGUAGCAUUGCGUUGUUGAGAGCUUUUCAACAAUUCUCUAAUGGUAUGCAGUUUUGAAAAAUGCCUUUCAUAUCAUGUUCCCAAAAGUUAUUGAGAAUAUUUUGACUACUGUAAUAUGCCUGUGGAUAUAUCUCGUUUGCAACAAUCCAAUGUAGCACUCCCAACUUGACUCUACUCUUCCAAGAUGACGCUAGUUUUUUUUGUCGUACACUCAUGUUGAUCUAGUGACCUCCAAUAAGCAGCACUUACUGUAGGUUACAGUGACUACGGAGCAAAAAUUGGACCCUUUUCUGAGCUUAAAUCUUUGGCUUCAUGGUUAUAUUUCUGUGCAGCAUUGAUCUCUGUGCUUCAAACCAUAAAGCAAUAAGGAUUUAAGUGCUUGUGAUGCAAGGUAACCUGUAUGGCAAUAAAGAUGCAGCUUUGUGAUUACUGUCAUGCUAUAACGCUCCAUGGACAUCCACGUUAUAGACUGGAACCAUCUCUGCUGUACAAAGAGGCUGCUUAUCUGUGUUUGCCCCUCCUCCUCCAUGUAAGUUGCCACUGGUAUAUAGAACAAUCACCCCUAUGAAAUAGAGUAUGUGGAAAAAGAGCAAACAACACUCUCUGAGUUGGAGAUGCUAGAAUAUGUUUUACCAAAUCAUAAUAAAAAGUAUUGAGGCAGUAGGACUUAAAUUAACUGCUCGAGGGAGUGCAGUGCAGUGUAUGUUUUUAAAAUUGGAAACAUUCAAAAGUCUAACAGUCAUCUUGUAAAAAGGGCUAGUGUGUGGAAAAAAGGAAAUUAUGUGGAACUAAGCAGAACAAGUAAUGAAAAAGCACAGGCUGGCCCUGUCCAAAGAAAGCUAUUUUUCAUAUUUUGUUUUUAUGAUUGCUGUGAUUUUGUUUUUUCUGGGGUUUUUUUGUUUUUUUUUGCUGCUGUUUUUUGGUAUUUAAAGCAUGAUGUGAGUCCCGCUGUUGUUUUAGAAAUAUCUCACUGAGAUGGUUGUAGCGUCUUUAUGGAGCUGUGAGCUGCCCCCGAUAGUCGGAGGAACUUUAAGUGGUGAUUUGCACAAAGGCUUCCAGUUCAUGGUCGUACACCAAAUUCCUCGGCAUUGCCUAGCAACAAGUCAGUGUAGGAACCAGAAACUGGCUCUUGGGUUGGUUGUGUGGACAGAGAGGGUUGGCUCACAAGCAGACAUCCUCACAUCCAUUAUUACAGCUUCAGUAUGCAUUUAUUGCAAGGCUUGUUCAAAAAAUAAUUUGUUGAGAUAUAUAUAAAAUAUAAUUUUUGGGGUUGGGGAGCUGAUUCCAGGCCCUCUGAAGAUGAGAUAGAUGGGUGGCUCACAGACCUUGUCAGUUAAUAUGCAGCCUUUGUGUUGUAGUCAGUGUGUGGUACAAUGGUGCAGUCAAACUCCUACGCAUGUCCUAUUGAAGUUGUAUGAUUGUACAUACUGUCUCUUGUUUUAUAAUCAUUGUAAGACAUCUUCAAGGAUGUCACAUGAAAAUAUUGUUGUUGAUGUGAAUAUUUAUUUGGCAGCUUUUUUUUUUGCCUUUUUUGAUUGACAUGUACAUUUGUUUAAAAUCUAUUUUGAAAACUUGACUUUUUUUCUUUUGUUUUUUGCUGUGUUAAAUAAAGCUUGCCCUGUUCGGCACCCUUGA